AUGUUUACGAAGUUACAGUUGAAGCAAGAUGAAGAAAGUCAACGAGCGGCUGAAUCCGAGGCGAAAGUCGAAAGUUUGGUUUCAGAACAUAUUUCCAAGAUGGCGACCGAAAUCGAAUCGCUAAAAGCAACCGUGGCAGAACUAGAAUUCGAGAACUCUGCAAUAAAGAACGUUUUAGAGAUGAAACAAAGUGAGUGGAUUAAAGUAGAUUCUAAGAAAAGCCCAUCUAUUGAAAUCAAAACUGUGGAUAUCCCAUCUGAAACCCCAGUCCAUAACAGCUUUUCAACACUGAAUGUUGAGGAGCCAGAAGAAGACAAAGCAUAUACUAGCUUUCCAGCAUUGGAUGACGAUGAGAAAAAUAUGGAUA